AUGGGCCCACCAACAGCUCCUAGCAAAGCGAUGGUGGGGAAGGACCUGCCGCUGAUGGGUGAAGCAUCUGCAUCGCCGAUGGCCAUGUCGAUGCCGGCAGUCGAGGCUGUACUGAGAAAGCACAAGCAGGAAUUGCAUGAUGACCAUGAAUACUUCCUAAAGAUCUGGCUUCCUCGUGCUCGACGAUGUUACGAAAGAGGUACCGCUCUAAUUAAGGAGCGUUCGACAGCGCAUCCUACAUCGGGCCGGAGUAUUGUUCCCGAGAAGUUUCUUCAAAAAGGCUCUCCUUUGGCGGACAUGAAAUCCAUCCAGUAUCCCACCCCCGUUAAAGGGAAGGAUCCCACCCACAUCAAGAUCAGCCAGGAAGUUUUUCCGGACAAGACCAGCAAAGGCGCCAAGUCCUACCUCAGUAUUCCAGCGACACCGUACAAGUCUGAAGCAGUGACGCUUCCGCUGUACAAGAGCUACAUUGGUCUAAAGCAAAACGUUCUUGCCGAGAACAAUCGACAGCUGCUGGUCAUGCCCUACCUAGAUGAUGAGCAGGGGGAUGAUCCCAAGCUGAGCAAUUUGUGGAAAGAACUGGAAGACAGGUUCGAGAUGGCGGUCGAUGAAAGGCCGCGGCGACUGCUGCAAGAAGAGCAGUCCAGGAAGUACAGCCCUUACGUAGAAGCUUUCCUGGAGGAGAUCGGCUGCGAUCUGAAAGACGUUCUUCGGUGGCUGCUGGAUCCGGAUCCUUUAGCAGGAAUGAAGGAGCCCGAAUUUGCCGCCGAAAUGCUCAAGAUGCGAGACGAAUCAUGCACUGAGGACUUCAAUCGAGAAAAGAAGAAAUGGUUUACCGUACUCUCGAAUUUGCCGCCAUCAUCGGACAAAGCACUUAAAAUGGCAAGUCUAGCGUGCCCGGUCUUCCUCAAAGUGUGUGGCUUUAGCCUAUGGCAUAUUGCUAGCAGAAGCUCUCACGCUCAGAUCACAAGAAUCUCCCCUUCAAAGGAUGAUUCGGGAAACGAGACGUAUCGAGACCUGGCAUGUCGGGUCUGCCACUUACACAAUUGCCCGUAUCACGGGGAAAUUAGAGAGGUGGUUGAUUCCGAAAGUGGCGAAGAGAGCGAUCAUUCAACCACACGUUCACAUCCACGCCGCAGUUCCGCCACGACCGCCAACUCCACCGACACCGUUGAUCAAGUUGAUAUCAACCACAAGAAGCUCGUCGUUGCUCCGGCAUAUAUGCACAACAAGUUUAAUGGCGCCGCUGCACGAAAGACCACACAACGAAGCUUCACAUGGUGGCUCGCCAAUUCCGACACACAUUUGCUGCACGAGCGCCCACCCUUUUUUCCUUGCAGCCACGAAGGCUCUUGCGAGGAAGCCCACUGCAGCUGCUUUCACGACAAGGUUGCUUGCGAAAAGACGUGUGCGUGUUCUCAGGCGUGCAAACGCCGCUUUCUUGGCUGCACUUGCGCCCAGACCGGCAAAGCAUGCUGGCAAAAUCAAAGCUGCGCAUGCUAUAGGCUCAAUAGAGAGUGCGAUGGGGACCUUUGCAAGUCAUGUGGAGCUGCAGAGGUUCUGGAUCCUGUGAAUAGGUACGAUGAUGAUAUUCUGGCGCGCAGCUGCGCCAACGCGAAUAUCCAACGGAAUGUGCCGAAGAGGACUUUGAUGGGCCACUCUGAGAUUCAAGGCUUUGGGCUGUACAUGGGCGAAAACGCCAGAAAGGAUGAAUACCUGGGCGAGUACAAGGGAGAGGUGUUGGCAAAGCCUGAGGCCAAUCGGCGCGGAGCAAUCUAUCAGGAGAAACUGACAAACUAUCUCUUUGCUCUGAACAAGGAUCAGGAGGUGGACAGUACCUACGCUGGCAACAAAUUCCGCUUCAUCAAUAACUCGGUACUGGAUAAGACUAUCAAUGUCUACCCGAAAGUCAUGCUCUGCAAUACCGUCACCCGCAUCGGGAUGUACGCUAAACGGGACAUCAAGGUUGGGGAGGAACUGUUCUUCAACUACGGCUAUUCCGAGGAACUCACCCAAGGGUUCUGGGAGAAAGGCGAGAAGCCUCGCCUCAAGAACGGCAAAGCUCAGCUCGUGCCAAUCAAAGAAAAAACGAAGAAGCAAGGCAACAUGAGCGGUCCUCCCGGAAAGCGCAAGAACAAACGCGGCAUCGCCAAGAUCGUUUCCAAAGGCUCAGGUCGUCCCGCCAGGAACGGGGCGAAGGCCAUACAAGACAUACUCGAUGAUAUCGAGACAGCUGAUACCGACAUCCACGCAGCUUUUCAAGCGGAUUUGGAUGAGGAGUAUGCGGAAGAAGCGGAGGAUGGGGAAGAUGAGUAUGCGGCUCCGUCGUCGGUUAGUAAUGUGGAAGAUGAUGACGAGUCUGAUUUUGAGGUGCCGCUGGAUAGCCCGCCGAGGACGAGGGGACGGAAGAGGAAGAUCUCGACGUGA